AUGUCCUCCCUUAGGGUCCUGACGAACUCCGCCUAUAUCCAAACGGGAGCUUCUGUCCUCGAAAACCUUUCCUCCUCCCUCAGCACCUGUCCCUCAGAUUACUAUGUCGUUGUUUAUCAGCCUGGUGCCCACGCCUCCGACUUCGCGACGCGCAAGUCGGCACCCCGCUUGGGUGCGAAGAUGCUCGGCAAGGAUAGCUCGAUCCGCUCUAAGAUGAGUGUCGACGAGGUCGCUGGACUAGUGGAACCAAAGCAGGUCAAGGCACUCCUCGAGACGAAGUGCAAGGCCCAGACUACUGUCAUCGAUGGAUCCUCCGCAUCAUACCCCUCCUCUUUUGAGAAGGGUCCCCGUAUCAUCGAUAUCGAGUUCCCCAUGCUUUCACUAGAGUCGGACCGGGCGCAACAGCUUUCCGAAUUUGAUGGCUUCCUUGCCGAUGUUAUUGAUCGCCUUGCCUCCUCUAAGUAUACCAUUCUCUACAUUACCUCCCCUAGAGAGUUCCCAGAGACCGACUCCGUGAUAUACGAGACCUCCGAAGCCUCGUACCAGGACUCACUUCACAUGGAGAUGAAGCGUGACUUUUCCUCUUCAGGCAGUUCCUCUAGCCCAUCGAACAAAUCGACAUCGCUCUUCGAAGAAUACCAAUACUUCACUCCAGGCAUUUUCAUGGGUCUCAUGGCUACUUUCCUUUUCUUGACGAUCAUGUACAUUGGUAUCAGUGCCUUGAGCAGUCUUCAGAUCCCUUAUGCCGCAUUCGAGAAGGAUGAGUCGGCUAAAUUCCAAAACAAGCAGCAAUAG